UAGGUGGGCCUGAUCCGGAGUUAAGCAGUGACAAUUUCAACUCGUGAAAUGAAAUAGCCAAUCCAUUUUUUUCACAUUUGAACUAUUGAAACAAUCUAAAAUGAUGGCAUUAAACCUAGUGAAAGUGUUACUGUUCUCAACAUUAAUGACUCCAACGAUUGCAAUUGAGGGAACUACUGAAUCAACGGAUCGCGCGAGAAAUGUCUCUGAGAGAUUUACGUCCACUACAACGCUGACGGUCAACAUAAGGGACGAUGACGAUCAGGAUCCAUCGUUUAUCUACACCGGGUGUAUGUUGCUGGAUGGGGCGUGUAUCAACACCGAGUAUUCUGCCUCUGUAUCCAGUGGUGUACUGUCCGGAAUACUCAACAUAUCACCGGAGAAAAUUCAGGCCAUCGAUAUGGACAGCAUAAAUGCGCCAAUUCAAUACUCAUUUUUGAGUGGCAAGCCCGAAAAUUAUCGUGAUUUCUUUGAGAUCAAUCCAACCACUGGUGCUGUGAAGCAAAUACGAGCUGUGGAUACAACUGUUACCAAGAAGUUUGAUAUCAUCAUCAAGGCUGUCGAAGUGUCGGAAGCAAAACGUUCUACCACGGCGAAACUUACGAUUACUGUUAAGCCGGUAGACAGCAAUCCACCGGUUAUUACUGCAUCCGCAGUCGAGGGAUUUGUUGAUGAGAAUGCACCUAUUGGAACUAAAGUCAUUGACAAGGGUGGGGCCGCCAUCAAACUCACCGUGUCUGAUGCUGAUUUGGGACCAGAGGAUCCUAAGCCAAAUUACACGUUCGAAUUAACAACUAAUUUCUUUUCAAUCGAUCAAUCCGGAACUCUAGUAGUGAACGAGGAGAAUCUCGAUCGUGAUCCACCGAGUCCCGGACGUUUUCGAUUUCAAGUUGUAGCGAGAGAGAAAACUGGUGUGGCGGCAUCCGCCCCACUGUCAUUUGUAGUAACACUUAAUGAUGUCAAUGACAAUGCACCUCAACUGCCAAUGAUACCACCGAUUACAGUCCAAGCGGGAGAAGAAGCCAGACGGGAAGUCAUUAAGGUCGAAGCCACCGACAAUGACGAGGGUGAAAAUGCUGAAAUCACCUACAGCAUUUACCACGUAUCCAAUAAUGGGCUUCAGAAAUUUAAAAUUGAUCCAAAGACCGGUGUUAUCGAGUCGGUGCGUAAAUUGAAUGCCGGUGAACAGUAUAGCAUUACUGUUCAAGCUACUGACAAGGGUGGCCGAUAUUCACAGACCAUUGUUGAAGUCAAUGUGAUACCUGGGCCAAACACUAGAAGUCCUGUUUUCCAGGAACCUGUUUACGAAGUGCAAGUCAGCGAGGGGGCUUCCAUCAACUCCACCGUUGCAACCAUCACGGCGGUGGACCCUGAAAACGACCCAGUAUCGUAUUCAAUAGUUUCGGGCAAUGACUUGAGGCAGUUUGCGAUCGGUGACAAGUCAGGCGUUAUUACCGUUAUAAGGAAGUUGGACAGGGAAGACUUGACGCGCUAUCAGCUGCUGAUAAAGGCAGAGGACAGCGGUGGACUUUCUAGCACAGUGACAGUUAACAUCAGGGUCACUGAUAUUAAUGACAAGAAUCCCGAGUUUGUGGGAUUACCUUAUGAAUUUGAGGUGAAAGAAGGUGAAGCGAGAAAACUCAUUGGCCACGUACAUGCUGAGGAUGCGGAUGAGGGGAUCAACUCUGAGGUCACGUACUUUGCACCCGAUGAUAUACCAUUCACCGUGGAUCCCGAGACCGGCGACGUUCUCACUAAAAUUGCACUCGACUAUGAGCAAAAUCAUGAGUAUAAAUUCGUUGUAACUGCUCGAGAUGGUGCCCCAGAUCAUCGUUUAGCAACAGCAACAGUUACAGUGAAAGUUAUCGAUGUUGAAGAUGAGGUACCCGUAUUUCAUCAGAGCAGUUAUGAGGCACGGGUCAAGGAGAAUGUACCUGAUUACAUGGUCAUUCAGGUUGUGGCCGAUGAUCCCGACACGAAGAAGCAGAUAACGUACGUAAUUAAGGAAGGAGACACUGACCUCUUCAGCAUUGAUCCAAAAACCGGGGUCAUCAGAACAAAUCGUGGAUUGGAUUACGAGAGAGAUAGCCAGCACAUUCUCAUCGUGGGUACUUUGGAGAACACGAGCGAUCUGCCAGGCUCAACCACUCGAGUGGUCAUUAAUGUUCAGGAUGCCAAUGAUAUCCCACCGGUAUUCACUACAGUCCCACGUCCAAUCACACUGGAUGACGAUGUUCCUAUAGGAACUACCGUGAUCAAUCUUAAUGCCUUAGACUCCGAUGGUACAGCUCCUGGUAAUCAGGUUCGAUACGAAAUAAUCGGACGGGGAAUAGCCCAGAAAUACUUUGUAAUCGACCCAGACACUGGAAUUCUAACAGUACGUGACGAUUUACGCAAAGAAACAGAUUCUGAAUAUCAGGUGGACGUUAGGGCUUACGACCUCGGUGAGCCUCAGCUCUCGUCAGUAACUACAGUGCCAAUUUACGUGCGUCAUGUGGCAACGGUAGCCCCAGAAGUUGGCCUAGGCUUUGCCGAAGACUCUUACAAUGUCGAUGUGCCUGAGGAUGCACAUGAUAAUACACUCAUAAAAAUACUAACCGUUAUAAACAGUCAUACACACGACUCCACGCCUUUGACGUGUGAAAUUUACAGUGGUAAUGAGGAGGGAUUGUUCGAAGCCACCAUUACUGAGGAGAGAAAUUGCGCAUUGAAGCUUAAGAAGGGUAAACUCGAUCAUGAGACUACUGAGAGCUAUCAGAUUAAGAUUAAGUUGGAGUCGUUAUCUGGUCUAUUGAAUUCCCACAGGAAUACAACAAUGGUAAAGAUUCAAGUUCUAGACGUGAAUGACAACAAACCGGAGUUUAUAUUCCCAGAGGAUCCCUUAAAUCUCCGCAAAGGCCAUUACUUCGCAUCAAUACCGAGGACUGCGCAAUUUUCCUCAACAGUUUUGCAAGUUAAAGCCCACGAUAAGGACAAUGGAAAGUUUGGAAAGUUAGAGUAUAAGAUGCUGGAGGGCCGUGGCACUCAAUACCUGAUGAUAGAUAGUUCCUCGGGCAUCAUAAAGACAGCUGCAACACUGGAUAACGUCAGUGAGGACGAACUCCCGUUCAAGUUUAAUGUGCGAGUUCGAGAUCAUCCCAACAGUACGACGAAAUUCCACACCGCUGAUGCACGAGUUAUUGUGAAUCUCAUCGACGAGGAGGAUUUACUCGUUUUAGUCAUUCAAGACGCAUCCCCUGACACUGUGCAGAAGGAAGCUUCCAAGAUUGUGAGGAUUUUAGAAGAGAAAUCAGGACUGAUUAUUGGUAUCGAGAGAAUUGCUAUGAGAAAAACUGUUACGAAGAAUGGCACGGUCGAGAGCCAUCCACUAGACUCGGACGUGUGGUUUUACGCCGUCGAUCCAAAGACUGAAACUAUUCUUGACAGAAAUAGCUCACAAUUACAAAGAAUGGUGCUGGACAAGCCCUCUGCUUCAUCGAUAUUUUUCGAUGUUUCCGCGGCCCUUGGUGCGAAUGCAAUCGAGAUACAUGCACCGGUAACGGCGCCAGAGCCUGUACGCACUCAGACAGCAGUUGCAUUCAGUGGAGAGGUAUUCCCAUAUGCUCUCAUAAUUAUAGCCUGCGUUAUCCUUGUACUGGGCAUCGCUGGAAUAAUCUACAUCUGCGUAUCGUGGUCUAGGUACAAAGCGUACAAAGACCGUAUGCAACGGAUGUACGUAGUGCCUCGUUACGACCCAGUAUUCGUAGAAACAGAUCUCAAAGAGUACGAGACCCAAGUCCUCAGGAUGAGUGUGCCAAAUGACGAUAAUGACAGUUACAACGAUCUGCAGAUUGAUUUCAGUAAUAAAAAUCAUGCAUUCAGUCUCGACAACGUCAGCUACAUCACCAAAGAUCACAGUGGAAGCACAGGUCAACAGAGUCCCGUUAGUUCUGAAGCAGCGACGACAGUUCGUGCCUCCAGCAUCGCUGGAAAUCACCCAGACGCUGGUGUUCACUCAUUAAAACGCUCGACAAUGGGGCGUAAAAAUGUGGGAAACACAAACACAAUAAAUACGAUUGAUACACCUGUUCUGAACCCCCUGUUCAAUCACAACGAUUUAUUGAGUAAUCCGAGUCCAUCGAAUGACAAUGUGACAUUCAGAGAACGAAAGGAUUAUUCACAUCUUGGAUUCUCUUAUUUAACGGAUCAGAGCCCAGUGGAGACAACGACAGAGUUAUAAUUCUUCCCUCUACAUUAUUGUGAUCUACUCUGAAUAGAGUGAUGAAUGCCUGGUGUUUCAGUUGAGGGAACCGAGAGGAUUAAUUUCCUCCCAAUUUUAUGAAGAAUAUGCAGAGAAUCAAAUACUCUAUUGUUUUUACUAUUCUCGAGUGCAUGAACACUUACUUGUGUGUGAGCUGACACACGAUUUUUAUGUGCCAAGUCAGCUGCCGUCCGAUAGGCUUAAGUGAUUAGUUUAUUAACGUGUGAACAUAAUUAAUGCAUAAUUGAGGGAUGAUUACUUGUGUGAGUGACAAUUGUACAUGUUUGUAUCUGUGGAGAAGUGAUGAAACGUGACAAGUUGAAUUUGACUUUUAUUGAUGGUAAAUUGUUGAGAAAAAAAAUUCUCUUCACAUUUUUCAAUUGCAGUUUAUCAUAAUUCGAGUGAGUGAAUUCUUAAUAUAAUGUGUAACAUUCACUUGUUGGGCAACAUCUCUUUCCUCAUGAUGUGGUUUUAUCGUGUAUCAUAUUUUUAUUAUUUAUAACUAAUUGAGGUUUGCUCAUGUUAAUGAUUUAUUCAGGUAAUUGACAGUGAUGUACUUAAUUGCGAAUUUAAUCAUGCGUUGAAGUUGUGAAACGUGUUAAAUUGAAUGAAAUAUAUUUAUUAAUUAUGGGAUUAUCUUGAGGAUCACUCACUGCAGGCGAAAUUUUAGCAGAUAAUUCGAUAAUUAAGAAUUGUGUUGUGACGUUUUGCUUCAACUUGUUGUAUUCAGAGCCUUUGACCAAUUAUCCAUUGACUUAUGAUAAUUUAUUUCUUACUUGGAUCAAAUCGAUGAGUGAAGAAUGACUUUAUUUCAAAGAAAAAGAAUUGUGGAGGUUUUUGUAAUUUUUCAUGAGAAUUUUCAAGUGAUUGCCGUAGCAAUGAAUUAAUUAUCUUCCUCGGGGUAUCAGAGUACUGCCAAUGAAUCCUUAAAAACUACAGUCAAUCGUAAAUGCAGCUUUUCCAUGCGUAUUUUCCACCGGAAAAUUUCCGCUUGCACUGGGUUUAAUGCGAUAAAUUAAAAUCUACUCCAACCCCCCUGACAUUCGAUUGAGUGUAGGAGAGAGUGAGGCAAAAUGGAAUCUUCACUUGUAAACAGAGGUGUGAGGAUUCUGGGUCGAUGAAAAACAUUUCACAUUGCCCCACCUUCCCCUACGUAAUUUGAAUAAACUCGUGAUGCUUAUUUUGAUAUGAUAAUUAUAUUAUUACAAUGAUUAAUGGUUGAAUAAUGUUUAAGUGGAGAGAAAUGUGAAAUAAAAUUGUAUAAAAUUUGUUAAUUAAU